AUGAAAGGUGGGAAAUGUAAUGCCCAGAGGCCUCCUCUGAAAAGCCUAAGGCAGCAUAACAUGGUGUCGCACAUGGUAAUGAAUGCAGGAUACUGGCCUUCGCCAGGACAUAACAAUGUGACCCAUUUGGUACGUUGUUCAGAAAAACUUGGUGCAAGUCGCUACGUAGAUACAUCAUGUAAUCCAAAAGGCACUAAUUGCAAAUGCGAGUGGAAUGAAGAAAUCAAAUCCACCAUUUGUAAUAAGUCAUGCCUGUGUUCAGAAGGAAGCAAAGGGCGAUUUUGCUCGCUUUGUGAGAAAAAUUAUUACAAAAAGGGAAUUCGUUGCUACCCUUGUGCCGAUAGUGGGAAUAUCAGUAUCUACAUCUUAGCUGCCCUCGUUGUGUUCACCAUGGUGUUGCUUACUCUCUGCUUCACCUUUUUUUACCAAAAGAAUCGUCCUCUUGCGGUUACGUUAGCCUUUGCUCAGAUCAUCCUCUUAGCAGUUUUAGCGGAGCUUCAUCCCCAUUUUAUCCUAAGCAGGAUUCUUUAUCUCGAUGUACUAGUUCUCAUUGUUGGUUUGGCUGGAAGAGGCAAAGCUGCGCGUGGAAUUAUAAAGAUAACAGUCUUUUACCUCCAGACCCUAGAUGCUUUGAUUUCCACAGAUGUCUGGCCUAUUGAAAUUAUUCAAACUAAGAACUAUAUCGUUGGUGUUUUUAACCUUCGUUUUACUAACCUGGCAUGUGAGAUACCUUCUUUCUUCACACCACUGGGGGAGCUUCUGUUCCUUAUGUUAUUGCCGGUUAUUUUUAUCGUUGCUAUGUGGUUGUGCUAUGGUCUCGGGUAUGCUGUUCCUAGCUUUCGUCAUUCACUUGAAAAGAGAUUUAAACUGAGAAAUAACUGUUUGCAGUUCUCCAUCAUGUUCCUGAGCCUCUGUUACUUUCCCAUCGUGGAGAAAACAGCUUCUGUAUUGGCUCCCUGUGGGACGGACGAAAAUUACCAUUACCUCAUGGAGGCACCAUGGAUGGAGUGCAGAGGCUCUAAAUACAACCUAUUAAAAGGGUUCGGUUGGUUUUCCUUGGCAAUAUACAUUCUAGGGGUACCUUUUGCAGUGUUUUUACCACUUCUGAUAUGCAAGGCUGCCAAGAGAGACCAACUCCCUCCACAGGAUCGAGAAACGUUAGACACUUGGCUGGGCUCAAUUUACCUGCCUUACAAGAACGAAUUUCGCUCUUAUUUUGAGAUACUAUUUAUUCUUCGCAGCAUGCUGAUUGGUUUCUCGGUCUCGUUCAUCUCGCCUUCUUCAUCAUUUCAGACGAUCGCAGUUUGCUUCGUUCUGUUGGUCUCCUUGUGCUUCCAGCUUCUUUUCAAGCCAUUCAAGGACUCCUGCCAGAAAAUAGCAUUAGAAAACUCAGCCGAGACCCUGGUUCUUUUAACUCUUCAUUUUUCUUUCGUGAACAUCAGGUAUGUAGUUCUCAGCCCGGACUCAAGUAUUGUGUGGCUGCUUGUGGUUGUCAAUGCAAUUGUCUUCUGCGGCCUGAUCAUAUCUAUCAUAACUCUGCUUGUUAGAAGGGAAAAUGAGGUAUAUAUCCACAGAGAGGCGCCACAAAGUCAACAGGAAGUCGAGGAGGAUGAGGAAUGCGCCCAGGAACAGUAA